AUGCUGCCCCUCCCCGUCACCCUCUCCGCCUCCCGCCGCGACCACUCCCGACAACAUCCAGGAGGCUUGCGCCACUACCGGAGCACGCGCGACAUCCUCCUCACCCGUGCGCGCGUCACCAACCUCGGCUUCUUCAUCCUCGCCGCCUUCGCUGCCGUCUCCCUCCUCGUCAACCUCGUCUGGUACUUCUCGGAGCCAGCCGACUAUGCGCAUGAGGGCACAUAUAAAGCCCCGCGGGCUAUCUGGGAGACGCUUCCGCGCGAGCGCGGACUGGCGGAGCUGGACCAUUUGAUUAUGGUGCCGGGGCAUGCGAUUUGGAAGGGCACGAACUUGGAGGCGCGCUUUGACGAGGACCAGUGGGUCCUGGAGCCGUACCAGCGCGGCGGAGGACGGAUAGCGGCGUUCUUCAAACAUAUCACUGCAGCUGCCGAUCUCGCACGGCAAGACGAGCACUCCCUGCUCGUGUUCAGCGGCGGCCAAACACGCCCAGCCUCCACCACGACCGAAGCCGAGUCCUACAUGCGCCUCGCGCACGUCUCGGACCUGCUCCCCACGCUCACCUCCGCGCCCGGCGCGCCGCUGCGCGCGACGACGGAGAACCACGCGCUCGACUCGUACCAGAACCUGCUGUUCUCCGUGGCGCGCUUCCACGAGUACACGGGGCGGUGGCCCGCGCGCAUCACCGUCGUCGGGUACGCGAUGAAGCGGCGGCGGUUCACGGAGCUGCACCGCGCGGCGCUGCGCUGGCCGGAGGCGCGCUUCGCGUAUGUGGGCAUCGACGCGGAGGGCGAGGACGCGGUGAGCGCGCAGCAGGGCGAGCUGCAGAACGGGUAUUUGCCGUACACACAGGAUACCUAUGGGUGCCACGGGACGCUCCUCGCGAAGCGGCGUGCGCGCAACCCGUUCCUGCGCUUCCACUCGUAUUACACUUCCGCGCCUGAGCUCGGCGGUCUGCUCAACUGGUGUCCGGAUCGCGCCCAGGGCGGGCGUGCGGCGCUGUAUCCUGGGUCUCUUCCAUGGGACAGCUUGGGGUAGACUCUUGCACAGAAAAUGAACCUCUUUCGUUGGACUUUAGUCUGCCUUUCGUGACGCUAUCAUUAUUGUCUUGCCGUCGUCAUCCGCGACGUUAUUGUAAUCAAUUCACGCCACUAGUCCUGCCUUCCUGUCUUCAAGACGAGUGUACACGAGAGGUGCGAUCCCGCCUGAUCAAGACAAUGUUCUUACGCAUCGCGUUCUCCUCAGAUCCUCCAGUUCAAUGCGAGAAAGACGUUCCCCAUAUACGUCGAGGCCGCUUUUCGUCUUUGAACCCCCAUCCAAGCAAGCAGAGAUCUCCCAUCGCAUCACACCAUCUUCUCUACGCGCCGCUUGCGCCGGUCUCCUCCUCAAUCUCCAUCCUCGCUUGGCGAUGAACUACGGUAAACUGCCUCGCUAUAAUCACCGCUGCUGACCAUCCUACGCCUCCGCACGAACUUCUCCUCGAAUUGCACUUGACCGUCGGCAAGCGUCACUCUCCUCCAGCU